AUGCUUCCGUCACUCCGGAAUCUCCUCCUCUUCGUCCCCUCCGUCCUCGUUCUCCUCGUCACCUCCGCCGCCGCCGUAUCCGUCUCCACCCCCGUCGAGCUCACAGGUAAGCACGCUUCCGUCUCCCACCCCACCAUCGAACCCCACAAAGCCCUAACCCUAACCCGCCCUGUCGCAGUCACUUCGCAUCCGCCGGCCUCCGUCAACCUCCCGCCCGCGCGACCCCUCUCCGGUGGCGAUGCCGCCGGGCCCUACUGCACGCGUGUUCUCCUCCAAGGCCGCCCCUCCCGCCUCCACGACCCGUCUCGCUUCUUCCACGCGCUUCGACUCCGCGCCAACGCCACCCGCCCCCACGGGCUCGAGCUCUGCUUCCACAGAAAUGCCACGGUGGGGCCGUGCAAGUGCGCCGCAUCCCAGUGGCAGAAGAUGCCCAAGAGCGGGCUCUGGAUGCAAGCCAUCUCACCGUACGACCACCGGAUUCUGGACUUCCGAAUGCCUGCUGAUCCUUCGAGGUCUGUUGUGGUGUCCACUGAGGAAGAGUUCUUGCUCCACAGGGUGGUGUUCUUUGUCCUAGGGUUGGUGCUCAUGGCGGUGGCACACACAUUGAGCGAGUCUGUGGUGUUCUACUAUGGUGGAGCAAUGACUAUCGGCAUUUUUCUUGUGAUACUGAUUAUACUCUUUCAGGGAAUGAAGCUUUUACCAACUGGUAGAAAGAGUUCUCUUGCUAUUUUCGCAUACUCCUCAGUUGUUGGCAUGACGACAUAUUUUCUUCACUAUUUAUCGGGUAUGCUGCGCUCAGUUCUUGUGGAAAUCGGGAUUGCUGAAGACAUGCAUAAUCCUCUUGGAAUAUUCGUUCUCGUAUGUGUCAUCUUAGCUGGAGCCUGGUUUGGUUACUGGGGUGUCCGUAAACUUGUCCUGGCAGAAGAUGGAUCUGUUGACGAGGGUGUGGCUUAUUUUGUUGAGUGGGCUAUCUUAAUUAUUUCAGCUGUUAUGAUCCUCCAGAGUUCUCUGGACUAUCUCUUUGCAUUUGCGGCUUUAGCCUUCUGUGUAAUCAUCAAAGCGAUUGCAAGAAUUGAGGGAAAGUCAAAAGUUUUACGCUAUAUAUUCGGGGGACUUUCUGAUGGAACCUCUAGUAAUCCAUCCCGUUAUGGAGAUUUGGAUGAAGACUAUUCUAGCAUGAAUGGAGGUCGCCAAGAUGGAUUUGGCAAGCUUCAUGGUGGAUACCAGAGACGUACACCAAGAAGAAACUCACCUUUUGCAGGCUCAGCAAAGACAUCGUCGCCAGGUAUUGCUAGGGACAGCUUCUAUUCUACAUUUCACACUACCCCAGAGAGGAGGAAAUUCUCAAAAGAGGAAUACGAAGCAUUCACGAGAGAGGAGACAAAGAAAGCUAUGAAGCAACUGUUGUCAUCACCGGAUUUCAACAGGUGGGCGUUGGCUAACUCAGACAGAAUAUCUGUGGCUCCACCAGGAGGAAGCUACAGCAGCAGCAACAGCCAGCAGCGGCAUCGUUUCUUGGGACUGUUUUGA